AUUAUGCAGACAGUCUUCGGUAGCCGAGAAGACUGCGGACCUACGGUUACCAUUAAUCUCAAUAGUAAAACACUACACAAACAUUAAUGGCCCUGAAUGCAUUCGAACAUGCAACUCUUGGUGCAGCGAACGAACGGCCAUGACAGGAAGACCAGACCUUGACAAGUGUCAACAAAACAAGCGGUGCAACUGGAAUCAGCGGAAUAUUGUACGGCGAGGUUGCAAAAUGCAACGCAGUCGGAAAAAGGAAACAACCGCCCGUAAUAAGAAGACGCUACUGCUGAGGCCAGCACAACACUGGUCAAGGAUUGGUCGUAACGUUACGUUGAACCAAGUGGCUGCGUUGACAGACGAAAGUUGGUAUAAAAAAGAGCCGAGGGCUUUGAAGCAAUCACACUUGAAAGUUGUGUGUGUAUUUCGACUCGUCCAUAGGCUCCUAGUUAAAUUCUUCAGAAUGCGGUCUCAAGUUAUCUGGUUGCUCGCUGUGGCAGCAGUCGCUCCGGUCUGCUCUGCGUCCGGAUCGUGCAACAAGCAACUGCUCCCAGACCUCACAUUCACGUUGGACGGCGCCAACCUGGACUGGCCGUGCUCGUCCACAAAGAGCAUCUACACCUCAUCAGGACGCUACAUCUCGAAGCACGUCAUCACUACGAGAGUACAGAUCUACAAGGACGAGGCUAUCGUCCUGACGCCUCGUUACAAGACAGGCGUGCCUUUCACACUGGGCAAAAUGCCGCUCAGAUCCAAGAACUGUCACCCAGUGAUAACCCCAUUUCCUUGUUGGAGUCUCCAAGAAGAAGGUAACUGUCAGGCACUGCAGUCUGCCGUCGACAUAUUUCUUGACGCUCAGGACAUCCUUUGGGUCCUGGAUGUUGGUAUCGUCAACACUCUAGAGCAACCGAUCAGGCGCUGUCCUCCUAAGAUCGUAGCUAUCAGCGCGAAGACAGGAAAAGUGGUAAAAGUGAUCGAUCUAUCAGAAUUGGUUUGCUCUGCCAGCAGACUCCAGUACCUCGUGGUGGACUACGAUCAAGAUGGACGCUGCUAUGCGUAUGUUAGUGACGCUGCGACGCGGGCGAUUCUUGUAUAUGACGUCACAAACAGCAAAGGUUACCGUGUCGUGUUGCCCAAAGCCGUGACAAAGGGAUCGUCUACCAAAGACGUACUUUAUCUUGCUCUCAUUAGGAAAUCCUGUGGUACAAACGUUUUAUAUUUCACUUACCUGUCAAGUGCACGACUCUUCUCAAUCAAGGCCCACCACCUCCGUCGAGGAUCUGCCAAGGGCACCGUUGUGGAUGUUGGUCCCAAGCAUCGCAGUAUUGUUAUUCUAGGCACGGAUAAUGGUUCUGCGAUGUUCUUCCGUCUGAAGGGUGAAAGUGACAUCUAUAUGUGGAAUACAGAAACAUCCUUCAAGUCCGAUAAUUUCUUGCUUGUCCAGAAAGGUACCGAAUGUCGGCUGGCCACACAUGUUGUGCCCGGUUAUAAACGUCUCAUGUGGGUUCUGGAGUCUAACUUCCACGAUUACAUCCAGAACAGAGUAGGCUGUGCCGGUGCCAGUGUCUCUCUCCAUCCGCUGGUCAAAUCGUGCGAAAGUUGAGCGUCUCAGCAAUUUACCGAAUAUUUCUUUAGUCUGUAGGUCUCGUCCUGAAACAAAGGAAGGCAAAGCCCACGACGAUUCACAAACCGGCACAACAAUCCUUCGUACGUCUGAACAAAGAUAUGUUUGCUGCCAUUACGAAAAUAGUUUAUAAACAAUAUUAUGUACAUAAAGUUGUUGAUAAAUGUGAUACAAAUCAUAAAUACAAGUGCAGAACGUGAUUUUGUUAAGUUUCUUUGUCUUGACUGAACUGAUGGAAUGCGAAAAAAAAACCUAUGCCAAGGUCUCACUACUAAAAUAAACUUGUUAUAUUAAACUCUGGAGUCCUUCGAAUGUUUUAAUCCGUAGACAUAGAAAUGAAAUUACAGUUUAAAUAACGCCUCUAAAAGGUUAAUAUAAGAUGUAUUUAAAGAAGUAUUUUGUUAUAACUCGAUUAGU